CGUUCUGUUUAUUAUCUUUUUAUGCUAUCCAGCGUAUUCGCAAGAGCAGUUUCUUUUCGAAUCGUUMAAUUCCGUCGAGAAGAAAUCCCUMAAGGGCUUUACACUUAAAGUCAUCAAUGAUGUACACAGCUAUUUUCUGUGUUACAAGGAAUGCGAUGAACACAAAAAAUGCUUAAGUGUUAACUUCUACCUCUCAAAUGGUCGCUGUGAGCUGAACUAUGUUUCACAUGUUUCACACAACCUGACCAACGAAGAGGGAGCAACGUAKCUUUUCAACCUCGCCCGAAGAGAAGAUAUAGCAAGAACAGCCAAUUUGCCGCCAAUUGCAAAAACGUGUAAAAUUCUAAGGAAAACCCACCCGCAAUUGCCAUCCGGUAGCUACUGGCUGGACCUUGGUAACGGCCCAUUCCCAAGCUAUUGCGACAUGGAAACUACCGGAGGAGGCUGGACACUGGUCUGGUCCUUUACAUUCAAUAACUAUCAAWACUUUAWAGAUAAGACUAACUAUGUCAAACCAGUACCAACAAACAUGUACAGCAAUGCUUUAGAAGAAUCCAACAUCCCACCUAAAAAUGAAACRGACAUGAACGCCAUUGACUUUACUAUCUGGAAAGAUAUUGGUGACGAGUUCCUGGUCAAGUCAAAUAUCAAUAAUUGGGUUGCCUGUCUUCCUAAUGGUGGCAGUCUUGUGACAAAGAAAGAAGGUGGCUUAAAKUGCCAAUCAGUAAAGCAAAUCGUCUUUGACCAAGAAAAUUGUAAAAAUGUGGUUCCAGAUGAUCUGCUCAUGAGAAAUGGCAUUUUAUUGCGAGGCACAAAACCARAUGGCAAAAACAGAGCUGCAAUGUAUUACUUUGAAUAUAGAAAUGAUGAUACCUGGCCAACACAUGAUCCGUGCGCAACGAAUUCACUCAACCACAAGAAAAAUGUUGACAAUCCACACACGAAUGUCUAUCUAAGAAAAAGGAACAAUUAAGGCCCAGUCCGGGACCUAAAAUUGCCUAAAAUCGCCUAAAAUCGCAAAAUCGCAGUAAAUCGCCCAAAAUUGUAGUAARUCGCCUUAGAUUUAGAUGGGUUUUUGGUGAUUUUUGCUUAAAUCGACUAAAAUCGCUUAAAAUCGCCUACAAUCGCCCAAAAUUAMGGCGAUUUUAGGUCCCGGACUAGGACUCAAUUAAUAGCAACAACAGCCAAAAAAUAUGCACAUUCUGCACAUUCUAUUUCCACAGAAUUGGUGGAAAGGCACACGAACAGUUCUUUAAAAAGCCACUUACAAAUACACUAUUUUAACCUUUGAAAAAGGAACUGAUAAAGAAAGGCAAAUCAUCGGACAUGUUAGUUAUAAUCAAUGAACAGCAGCCAUUACGACAUAGCAAAAAAAAAAAAAAUACACGUUCUAUUUGCACAAAAUUGGUGAAAAGGCACAUGAAUAAUUCUUCAAAAAGCCACUCACAAAUACUCUAAUUUAACCUUUGAAAAAGGAACUGAUAAAAAGGGAAAUAAUCGGAUAUGUUAUUUAUAAUUAAUUAAAAGAAGCCAUUACGACAUAGCGGAAAAAAAAAUACACGUUCUACUUGCACAGAAUUGGUGAAAAAGCAAAUGAAAGCCACUCACAAUUUUAUUUAACUUUUGAAUGUCUUAGAAAAGCACUUGUAUAACAUGUUGACAAAGGAGAAAUAAAAUGACAAA